AUGGCCACAGCACAGGUGAGUGCUGUGGAGGCGGAGGUGGACAUGAAGAUGAGAGCGGACAUGGAACCAGCGCUGGUGGGCACAGCCACCAGGCUCAUGGCAGUGAUGGUGGGCACAGUCAUGACGCCCAUGGUCCCAGUCAUGGCGCUCAUCAGGGCCAUGGGCACAGUCAUGAGGGCAAGGGUGAGUGCUGUGGAGGCCAUGGAGAUGGACAUGAAGCUCAUGAGAGCCACGGCGGCCAUGGAGAUGGCCAUUAGUUGUGAUGAACUGGGGUGCCUCGUGGUGCGCGAGCAACUCAGCGUGCCAAAGUGCCGCGAGAAGCGUAACGCUUCGUGCGAGACAACAGUCAUGGUCUGCGCGAACCUGAAACCCAGCCCGGUCGAAUCGUGGCGUUCACGGCCCUGUUCACCAGUGGGGAUCAUCCACACCCUCAUCAUCCGGGACUUGGGGGUGCAGAAGAGCCAGUUCACAACUCCUGGGCUCCGCGAUGGGGCGACCCUUUUGCCCUCCAUCCAUCGCAGUGUGGAAGUGAUGGCAGCUAUUGCUGGCACGAAUGCUGUCCUAACUCCUGCGAUGGAGGUGGCUGGACCGUGGCGUACUCCGCCAACCACUGCCAGUCAUGGCAAUGUACGACAGAUCUCUUGCACGGGUCCCAAGUCCGACCUUUGUGGCACUCGACUGAGCUCUUCCAACUUCGUGGGUCGUGGGUACCAUUCCAUCCGCAUCAAGGCGGCAGCGGGUCCAGGAGUGGUCUCCACCUUUUAUCUCUCCAACAAUGGGGGCCUUUACGACAAGACAAAAACACAUCCGUGGGUGGAGCUCGACUUUGAGAUCAUGGGCAACAUGGCAGGAGGGCAUUCGCGGAUCUGGACGAACAUGUUCACCGACAUCGCCGUGGAGCACAACGAUUGGAUUACGGUGCCCUUCGACGUCUCGGCGGAUGUACAUGAGUAUGGGUUUGAGCUCUCUGACAACUCCAUCGCCUUCAAGGUGGAUGGCGUGGCCUAUCGCACCGUGGACAUCCGGAACCACCAGGAACACCGCCGUUUGCCGCGUGUCCCGGGCGGUGCGACCGCGUCGCUUUGUCCUUUCGUUGCCACUAGUUGGCAGCGGAGCCCCGAUCUGGGGCGCGCCAUGGCUUGGAGUCCGCAAUUGCUGCGACGAGCUCGGCCGGGCGCCGGCGGCGGCGUCGCUCCACGUCCUCGACCCCCUCAUGAACAAGUUCGUGGGCCGCUGCACUUCGACAUGGCUGCCGAGUCGGACGAGGACCUUGAGUUCGAUGCCCCACCGCAUGCUACCACUGCGCAACUGUUGAGUACCUCCGACCCGGAAGUGAUCUUCAUGGGCUCCGACGAAGGUCUCCAGGACAUGGAUGACGAUGGACCAGUGGGUGACUCCUUUGGACGUCCCAAUUUGGCACCUCUCCAUGAGCGCUUUGUUGAUGAGAUGCCGGAUGGCCAGUUCGACCUAUUUGGUGACGAACCUGUUCAUUCCCGAGCCUCUCGAGGCGAUGAACAGCACCAAGAAGAGCACGCAGAGAGUGAGCAGCCAACCAACGAUCCUGUGCUGCCAGACGAGGCAGCCGAGAUGCCUGAGAACCCAUACCACUUUGAGGAGGAACCUCAACGAACUCCUGUACGACCUUCUCGACCUCCGUCGAUGGCUGCUUCACAACGUGCGACACCCGGACCUGCAUUGCAAGAUCCCAUCGACCAACUCAGCAAGGCAUUGGCCAAGCUCAUCAAGAAGGGCAAUUCUUCAGAAGCCUCAUGGAAUUCCAUGAUGGGACCCUCCAAGGGGAUCAAGUUCCGUGGAGGCGCAGCUCCUGCUCCACCGAAGUGGUACUUCAACCCUGAAGAUGUCCGCGCCUACGACCGCUAUGAGCGGAAGGUACUUCUGUGGGAGAUGCAGGCCAGACACUUCAUGUCGCAAGCUGAGAUUGGUUUGACCCUGUACGCAUCCCUGCAGGGAGAAGCAGAACAGCAACUCGAGUUUUUGGAGAUGAGUGAAGUCUACUCCAAGACUGGGGUCAAGACCAUCCUCGGCCUCCUCAAGAGCGCUUUCCAACAAAAGCAAGUUUACGUGAAGCGCCACUACCUCCACACCUACGAAAACAUCAGCCGCUUCGGCUCAGAGUCCUUACGGACUUUCAUCAACCGGUACAAACGUACCGAACUGGCUCUGAAAGCCGUCGGCGUGGACAUUGCUCUGUCCUACGAUGCUGAAGCAAGAGGCAGCCGUCUGUUGGACCGCUGCCGGUUGAGCCAAGAUCAACAACGACUGGUUCUAGUAGGCACGAACCAGGACAUGAGCGUCGAUGCGAUCGGAUCGGCCCUGGUCAUGCAAUUUCCAGAUUACAGGCCUCCACCUCCGAUCAUCCAAGCCUACCAGAGCUCAAAAGGACCAGGCGGGAAAGGUUUUCCGUCGAAGCACUUCUCGAGCGGAACUACUUCCUCGAGUAUGUCUUCGGCAAGCACAGCUCCGACCUCGGCUUCCUCCUACCGCAAGGGCGAUGGGAAGAAUAGACCGAGGCGUGUUUUCCAGACGGUCAACGAGACCAUGGAUGGCUCGCCAGAUGGCGAGGCAGAGGAUCCACCUGCUCCUGAGGAUCCUUCUUUUUAUUUUGAAGAGCUGGCCAACGAAGAGGAUGCUGGUGACGACAUCGACGGCACCGAUGACAACCAUGGUGCCGAAGAUGUGGAACAUCUGAUGCAAGUGCUCACCGUCACGGCUCGCAAGCUCGCGGCCAUGAACCAAGGCCGCAAAUUCAGGAAUGCUCCAAAGAAAUCCAUCGAAGCCUGCACUGUCUCCGCCAAAAAGGGCAAAGGCAGCGGCAAGAGCAAAGCAGCCUCCAGCUCAAGUCAUGUUUGUGUUUUUGGAGUACGUGUUUUAGCAGCAGACAUUCCGUUUUUGGGCAGCCUUUCGGUCAUGCACAAGUUGUCAUUGACGUUGGAUUUCGCCAACCAGAUCGCCGUGAACAUGAAGUCAUCAUUUUGCCACCGCCUGCAGCUUUUGGGACAGCUGAUCUCGAGCCCGCUGACCUUCCUCAGACCGUCCUUCAUGCACGACGGGCCAGCGACAUCGGCAGAGAAGUCAUGGGCCAGCUUGGUGAAAAGGCUGAUCCGCCUGACCAUGAGCGUGUGGACGCAAAUGGCGGCCUCAGUCAAGAUGGGCAUCAUGCCGCUCGAGCAGUACAAGGCAAUGCUAGCCUACGGCACCAAGAAGCUCAGCAAGAAUGCCAACACCGGCAAGGGUGGACAGGCCAAGGCCUCCAAGGACAAGAAGAUCGUUCCGACACCGGCAAGUCCACCACCGCCAAGUCGACCGGCAUCUUCGUCACAGAGCUACAGCACGGGCGCCGAGCUGAUGCUCGCACCUCCGAAGGGCAAGACAAGCAAAGCCAGCCGCAUGGGCUAUGCUCCGACCAAUCCAUUCGGCAAGACACCAACAUGCAAUCACCCGGACUUCAUCCGCCGCUACGGCAACGGAUGGGGCAACUUCGCAAGGUGCAAAGCAUGCUACCAGAGGUGGCGCUGGAACGACGCGGAAGGCGUCUGGAAGUCGGAUGGCUUUUGCUCCAAACCCUCGCACUCGCCGCAGUCACCUUGGACGGCGGUGGAAUCGAUCACUCAGGUCUACGCGGAGCCCUUGAUGCUGGUGCCAGAGGAGACUAUGCCUGACAGCAGCAGCGCUCCAAGACUUCGAUGUCCUGAUGGACAACGCCAGCACCUUCGGCACCCUUCACAGUCACAGUCGCAUCUUAAGCUGGGACUCCGGAAGCGACUGAGCGGCAACAUGGCAAAGAAUGUCAAGACCUUGGAGAAUGAGGUGAACGUGCUCGACCACAUGCCCUACAAGGAGAUCAUAAAGAACAAGGUCGACCUCCUCGAGCUCUACAGCGGCGCUGCAAGACCAACGGCUUUGGCAAAGCAGCAUGGAUUGACUUCGCUCCAACCCUUUGAGAAGGACGAUGGCUAUGACCUGAACGAACUCUAUGAACUUCGUCAGGCAGACCUGGAUGGACUGCGAUUCGCCAUACAACGGUGCCUUCAACAGCUCACCAACGGUGAUCUCUUCUUCCUCGAGAACCCGCUCCGUAGCAGGCUCUGGGAUCAACCGGAGGUUCUUCGAUUGGCACAGCACCCGGACGUCAUCAAGGGCAGUUGCGACUCUGGUGCAUAUGGCGCUACUGACAAAGACGGCUAUGUGAUCAUCAAGUCCUUCGGCUGCCUCACCAAUUCCACUGAGAUUGCCAACGAACUCUCCUGCCGCAUGACCAAGGAGGAGAAGACACAAGCGAGGCCGCUUGAAGGCCAACGGGUGACAGAUUCACAAGUCUACCCUGUGAAAAUGGUCCACGCGAUGCUUCGUGGCCUACGAGCUGAAGCACAACGACGUUAUCCUGCACGAUUUCAACCUGUGCACUGGGUCCUAUAUGCUCAACCGGUCCACGAUGAACAACGCUGGACUCAAGCACUGGACAUGGUGAAGAAGUUGUUCGGCAACACGUCAGCCCGGACAAUAACACUCAAGCCCUCCAGCGAGAUCUACCAGAUCGUCAGCCUCAAGACUGACGUCAGCUUUCCUGGACUACCUGCCGGAAUUCCUCGAGAAGUUCAAGCUUCAGUGGCUCGACUACAUGUGAACGCCGGACAUCCAGCCCGACAAGAGAUGAUCCGCCUUCUGACGAUGCACGGGGCUAUCACUUCUCAGAUCCUCUCCUGCAUCGACCACCUUCAAUGCGGAUCAUGCAAGAGGACACAACUUCCUCAGCAAUCUCGUCCAGCAGCCAUACCGACCAUGUCAGGCCAGUUCGGCGAUCGACUUCAAAUUGACCGCUACUGGGUGAGAGAUCUCACUGGCGCCAAUCACUGCUUCCUCGGCAUUGUCGACAUGGCCACGAACUACCAGCAGACGAUUCGGCUAACUGGACAAGGCGCCAAAGAUGUCUACCACGCCCUCUGCCAAGUUUGGUUCAAGCCUUUUGGACAUCCUCUGGUCAUCGAAGCUGACGACGACCGGAACUUUGAGGGCGAGUUCAAAGAGCGCAUCGAAGGCUUUGGCACACACCUUCUCAUUGCGCCGGCUGAGGCACACUGGAGAAUCGGGAGCAUCGAGCGUAAGAACGCCAUCUUGCGCUCCACAAUGGAAAAGAUGAUUGAUGAGUAUGGAGUCACACAUCCAGAGAUGCUCGAUGACAUCGCCCUGGCCGCCACCCAGGCGAUCAACAGUUCAGUCACCUCCAAGGGGCGCACGCCCUAUCAGGCUGUCUUCGGCCGCUUGCCAAGGUUUCCUGGUGACAUCCUUGGUGAUGAACGUGCACUCCUGGCCAACUACGACGCUGUCUAUGCGGAGGAGAUGAGAAGCCACGCUCUGCGCAUCAUCGCAGAGACGAGAGCAUCACAUGCAGUUCGAAGAGCCCUCCUACGAAAGACAGCGCCAUCUCGUGAAGAAGCUCGGGCUAUCCUACCUGGCUCUAUGGCAGCAUACUGGAGAUGGCAAAAGAAGUCAAAGGGGCGCAAACGUGGAGGCUAUGUCCUGGCGCGACUGAUGAGCCACGACCCUGACAACAAGAGCGCCUGGCUUCACAAUGGCAACAGUGUGGUUCAAGCCACCUAUGAACAGAUUCGGCCAGCAUUUGGCAUUGAGAACUGGUGCCCUUCAUCACAGGACAUUCAGAUGCUGCGAGACGGCAGUACUAGACUGCAGAAGGGGCUAUGGCAAGAUGAACGUGGACCACCACCUCCUCGUCUCGAAGCACCAGCACCUGAAGUUGAACUUGAACGGGCUGAGCCAAUACCUGAUCUGGUGAUGCCUCUGGCACUGAAACCGUCACCAGCAACACCGGCUCCAAUUCCAAAGACUCCUGAGCUACCACGACCUCAACCGAUGGUCUACUCUCCGACCUUCAAGCAACAGAAUGUUCAGGCCAAUUCAAUGGAUGAGACGGCCGACAGAGCCACCUACAUCAACAGCUACAUCAGCGAGCUCCUCUAUGAGGACUAUGUGCUCGGCCAAUGCCACUUGGCCCAACUCCAGGUGACCGAUUGCCGGUCCCUCUACGAUGCACUUCUGAGCCCGAAUCCGGCCCUGAGUGAGAAGCGCACGAUCAUCACCGUGCGGUCGAUCCAGGAGCAUGUGGACGCAAAAAGCGUCCGGUGGACACCCACCAAUGUCAUGUGGGCUGACUGCCUCACGAAGGCCAGCGUGGAGCUGAUCUCCACUUUUCAGCAGUGGAUGGAAUGGCCGGUGUGCACGAUCGUCGACCCAAAAGAAAAAUACACCAGUGUGAAUUUCACGGUUCUGCAUUCCCCAGUCUGGGGGAAGUCCGCCUCAGAUCCCGGCGAGGGCAUCAUGGAGUUCCGGAAUGCCAUGGGUCUGCUGAACGGCCACUGGGGCCACUGUGUCGGAGUGUUUGUUUUUCGACGCGAAAAUGUCUGUAUUGGUGUGCUCUUGCAGGUGUGGGAUGCUUUUGCAGGUUGGUUUAUCUGGUUUUUUGGGGGGCUCCAUAAAACCGAUGUUCGCGGGCGAGGGCGUGAAACAGGGCGGUGCUGGCAGUGCGGCGAACCAUGA